GCCAGGGAGACGGAGAAAGACAGGGGAGAGGAGACGUCGACUCCGCACUAGGGCAUCUUAAGGAUAUAUUUACAUUACAACAGCAAAUAAAAAAAAAGACACGGCCCCAUGUAGCAGCACUGGCAGUCCAGAGAGAAAAAGGAAUUCCCAGGUGGGAUUUUGAGUCCCCGACGCAAUGUGAUGGAGAAGUCCCAACCACAUCGCCUCGGAGUUGGGAUAUGGUCAUCGGGAGCCACUGCUCAUGUGAUGGCGACACGCAAGAUGUAAAACAUGUAUUCAUCACAAAGAGGCCUGUCAAAUCAGGAGACCAUUUAAGGAGGCAAAGAAGGCAUGGCUAAUGUAAUUAUAUCUGUCCUACGAUAAAGUAAACAAGGACAAAACAAGUCACACCAACCAAUGAGGAUUUUUCUACUGGAAAAUACAAAAGUGCUGGAAUAAGCUACAAACGUUGAGAGACCAAAUAUUCAACGGACAUUUACAUAUUUGAACUCAGCCUAUCAACCUCUUUGAAACAAAGGAGGGGUCAUGACCCAGUUGCCAUGCGCAUCACCACGGUGACCAGCCUUCCUAGUCCCUCCCCCCUCCUCCUCUUAUUGGCUCAGCUGGUGUUGCGCCUUAGCUUGCCAGGCCAACAGGCGGUAGGAGCCGCUUCGACCUGUCCCAACGCUUGCAGUUGUUCCAAUCAAGCUAGUCGAGUGAUCUGUACAAGACGAAACUUGGAUGAGGUGCCUGAUCACAUAUCAAACAACACACGAUACCUCAAUCUACAGGAGAACUCAAUACAGAUCAUAAAAUCAGACACAUUCAAGCAUUUGCAGCACCUGGAGAUCCUUCAGCUCUCCAAGAACCAGAUACGUCAGAUAGAGGUCGGUGCGUUCAAUGGCCUCCCAAACCUCAAUACUUUGGAACUGUUUGACAACCGCCUCACGCUGGUACCAUCACAGGCUUUCGAGUACCUCAGCAAGCUGCGGGAACUGUGGUUACGAAACAAUCCCAUUGAGACUUUACCAGCUUAUGCUUUUCAUCGUGUCACCUCACUGCGGCGUCUUGACCUAGGUGAACUUAAGAAGCUGGAUUAUAUAUCCGACGCAGCCUUUGUUGGACUCACUCACCUGCGCUACCUGAACUUAGGUAUGUGUGGCCUGAGGGACAUCCCUAACCUGACUCCCCUGGAGCGACUGGAGGAGCUGGAGUUGUCUGGAAACCGACUUGAAAUCAUCAGACCCGGAUCCUUCCAAGGCCUGGAUGCGUUGCGUAAACUAUGGCUUAUGCACUCUCAAAUGUCUGUCAUUGAGCGCAAUGCUUUUGAUGAUCUCAAGAACCUCGAGGAGCUCAACCUUUCCCACAAUUCUCUGCACUCAUUGCCCCAUGACCUUUUUACACCUCUGCAGAAGCUGGAGAGAGUGCAUCUCAAUCAUAACCCAUGGGUGUGCAACUGCGAUGUGCUGUGGCUAAGUUGGUGGUUGAAAGAAACGGUGCCAAGCAACACAACCUGCUGUGCACGGUGCCAUGCGCCACCCUACCUGAAGGGAAAAUACAUCGGAGAGCUGGACCAGAGCCAUUUCACGUGCUACGCCCCUGUCAUUGUGGAGCCACCCACUGACCUUAAUGUGACCGAGGGCAUGGCUGCUGAGCUCAAGUGUCGCACUGGUACCUCUAUGACCUCUGUCAAUUGGAUCACACCAAAUGGAACCCUAAUGACCCACGGUUCUUAUCGUGUCCGGAUUUCCGUGCUGCAUGAUGGCACACUGAAUUUCACCAAUGUAACCCUGCGUGACACGGGCCAGUACACCUGCAUGGUGACCAACUCAGCUGGAAACACCACUGCAACGGCGGUUUUGAAUGUGACUGCAGCAGAUGUCAGUGUCAACUACACCUACUUCACCACGGUCACUGUAGAAACAGUGGAGAGUACCGGAGAAGAAGAUUCUGCUUUGCGUGCCAUCAACGAGACCUUCAUCCAUAUCCCUGGCCCUACGCCCUCUGGGCACCUCUGGCAUGAAGUUGUCUCCACUACUGCUUCUUCUCUCUCUAUCCUUGGAUCAUCCUCCUCUCCCCGUGCCACCAAACCCACGUUCACCGUCCCUGUAUCUGAGCCUAAUUAUCCUUCUGGACUAGAUGAUGUGAUGAAGACCACCAAGAUCAUCAUUGGUUGCUUUGUGGCCAUUACCUUCAUGGCUGCUGUCAUGCUAGUGGUAUUCUACAAAUUGAGAAAGCAGCACCAAUUGCACAAACACCAUGGGCCGGCACGAGCUAUCGAGAUCAUUAAUGUUGAAGAUGAGAUUGGAGCAGGAGCGGGCAUGCGGGGCAGUGGCAUCUCAGGAGGAUCUACAGUAACACAAGGAGGGUCAGGCGGAGGAGGACAGAGUCUGCGACUUCAUCACCCCGAAAUCGUCAACCUCCCCAAUCUUGCACGUGUGGAGCAUCUUAACCAUUACUACAAGGCCCACCACUUCAACAAUAACAUGAUGAGUCUGGGUCUUGGUGGAGGCUCUGGUGGCCUAAAUAAUAACAAUAACCCUUCCCCUUGCUCCCAGGCCCAGACUACCCCUAUUUCUUGCACCCAGGUGCCAGUCUCUACAGGCAGUACAUGCUCCAUGCCUUCUGCAGUGCCCCUGCCGACCCUUGGCAUCCAUGGGUCACUGAAAGGCCUGAUGAGUAAAUCCCACAACCCACAGAUUGAGCCACUGCUCUUUAAGAGCGGCUCCAAAGAGAAUGUCCAAGAAACCCAGAUUUGAAGUAGAAAGAGGAUGAGAGGAAGAGCGAGAAGGCUAAAUGUACAGACAAGAUAUGAAAAAAGAGAAUAUCAGGGAGACCGCAGCAUUUGAAGGGAUCUGGCUAUUUAACCCCUAUAGAUAUGUUCUCAGGAGUAAUAAGGAAAGGUAGAGCCAGCAUUGUAUGAAAAAUCACCUAUACAAGAACAAGACACAGCUGUGAAAUUACUAUAAAAGUAAAUGUGCUGGCAGACAGUGGUGAAGUUUUAAACAGGAAGACUCUACAGUUAGACACACUUUGAUCCACAUGGAUGGUGACAUCAGCAAAACACAUUUGCCAAUACAAUACAAAAUCAAUACAUUAUGUGCCAAACUUGCACCAGUCUGUGCCAAAGCAAAAUCUUUGCACAUCAGCAUCACAUAGCGUAAAAACUUGAGUAUACAGAAUUCCUCAAAGCUGCAAAAGUCAAAAUACACCAUUCGCACCAUUAGGCAGGAAGUGUAUAUAGAAAUACAUGAGCAGAAGCUGAAGUAUUUAUGGACACAAGUGGCUGAGAAUGAAAGAUCAUCCAUGUAAAAGGUUCAACAGUCGAGCUCAGAAAACAAAAUGGAGCAUUACAAUUUUGUCAAGGUUCACAGUCCUUCAGAAGGAAAGAUGGAUUAGUAGACCAGCACUGUGUAGAGGGCUCACGUUUGAUGGUGAUGUACUCAGUUUAUCCCCUUUCACCAUAGCUCUCACAGCUGAGGUGAAGAGAGGAAAUGAAAAAAUAUAUACAAGAACCUAAAGCGCAAAAGACAAUGAAAGACCUAACAAUUUUAAGAGAAUAUAUAAACUAUGAAAGUAUACAUGAUAUAUAAAUAUAUUUUCAUUCAGAGAAAUAAAUUAUGAAGAAUCUUUACAUUUUUCUGACUGAAAGCCACGGCUUUUGAAGAACCCUCGUGGGACUUACGGGCAUCCUGAGGGGUGAAAGGACAGGAAAGAUAUGAGAAUUCUCGAAAAUGUAUUUGAUUUCAAAUACUUUGGCUUUGUUUUUUAAGUCUUUAAAGGUUUCACUUUCCAAUUCUGUAACUAACAGGGUCAUUGUGGAGAGGUCAUUUUAACUGACAUUAUAAAUACACUACUGUAUGAUUCUGCUGGCCUUUGAGACCCAAAUCGGGUCAAUAUCAGUUAUCACCAUUAUCAAUGGAAUCAUACUGUAUAAACAAUAAUGAUGAUACUUUGUAAUGCAGUGAAAGUAAACUGUAAAAGUUAAUCUCCAUGCUGCUAUACAAAAAAAGUGUUUCACACACACAUAAAAAAGGUUUGAAAUCGGAUUUCAAAGCAGAGUGAAAAAGCGUUACUGUAGGCAUUACAAUUAUUAUCCUCAUUAUUGAAAAAAACACAUCAAGUGUCAAAAGCAUAGCAGAUUGUUUUAGUCGGUUUCUUUGUUUCUACCUAGAGGUGAUGUUUGUAUUUCAUUGUGUAAAAUGUGAUUGUCGCUACAGCUGAUAAUCAUCUCCGUAAAAUCGGAAGAGCAGUGGAAUUACAGUACUGGCAAUUGAAGCACGACAGUAUGAAGCCGCAAUUACAAAAACUCCAAAAAGGAAACGGAUGGGCCUUAAAAAUGUUCCCCCAACGGCCUAUCCCCUCAGUUUUGUACAAGAUUAAACUUUACCAGGACCCUGCGAUUUUGCCAAUGUGAUUCGAUGUGACAGAACGCAAACUCUGGCGAUUACUGCAGGGGUUCAAUGGAUUAUAGUGAACACUGUGUCCGGAGAUGUGGAUGGGACUACUGUUUGAACAGACAUUCUGAAAGAAAAUGGAGGACCCCGUUUCGAAAGGUAAGAGAACCCCACUCAGUGAGCGAGUUUGGAGUUUGGAAAGAUUUUUUUAAUGAAAAUGGACAAAUAAAAAUGAAAACUAUAGAAACUUAUAGAACUCUUUUAAAACAAAAACUAUUAUGAUAAUAAGUGUCUUUCAUUAUUUGUUUUUAUCUAGUUUCAUUUUGCUUUUGCUUUUACAAAAUCAAGUGUUAUCUUAAUUGUAAUAUUGUUAUUGUUAUUAUUAUAAUUAGCUAAUAUUACACUCGUUAUAAUUAUGAAAAAUGUUCUGUUAGCAGAAGUCACUUCGAAAUUGAAAAAAAAUAUAUAUAUAUGGCACACAAAACGGCAACUGAAUUUGUGAAACUUGGUGGCAUUGAUUUGUUCUAUGUUUUUGUCUUUUCUUUUCUCAUGUAUUUUGCGUAUUACUGUUUGUAAUUGUUGGAGCUUAUAGCUUGGAGAAAGAUCUCCAGAGGUACAGUGUGGUGCAGCUGGUGGCUGCGUCCUUCUCUGCACAGAAAGAGAUAUGAGAGAGGCCAAGCUUCAGAUAUACACUUGUUCUGAGAAUGUCAUCCAUUAUCAUUGCCGAGAAGUGUGACUGUGCGUGUCAACACCCUGUUGCCACGGCAACAUGCCCAUGCACUAACGUGCCAAACACUGUUGAAGCCGGGGUCUGUGUCUGUCAAACCCUGUUACCCUACAGCACAUAGAAAUUACCGCAUGCAUUCACACGCUCAUGUGCCACCGCCGCGUCAAUUGUCUUUCGAGGUAUUGUCGCACCCAUGCUCUGGCAGCGUCCCAGCAGGUACGUAUGGUGAGGUUUCCCUGGCAACUGUUGCUGCUGCGACAGUCCCCAUCAAGGCAGUCAGGUCUUGGAUGCAAAUGCGAGGACAGUGGCAGUAUAGGACGCCAUUUACCAUCUCGCUUACCCUGCGCAUUGUUAUCCAUGUUCUUAAAUCUGAAAUUUGCAUAUUCACAACACUUAAACCGCACCUCAGCUCUGCAUAUCAAGAAACCUCGGUAUCAUUGACAUUCAUGAACCUCGAGUAGCAGUUAGUACCAUUAUGUCUAAUACACCAUUAAUCUUACAUACUGUAUGUAACACCCCUAAACUACAUAUAAUCACAUUCUCCAUCUCAUACUAGUGAUUUGCAUAUGCUCAUUUGGUUCUCGAGUGAUUAACAUACACAUCUGUUUGUGUGUCCAUAUGUGUCUACCAGAGAAUAAUUGUAUUACAUUUAUGCCCAAGGCAUCUGCUUUCUUUCCAAAGCAACUUAUAAGAAAGUGUUGCCAAGCAGAUUGGUAGUAGGACAGGGCAAAGACUGUUAUAACAUAUCACAUAUCUCAUCUUUCAGAUAUUUUAGAAAGCUUUUUAAUGCUUAUAAAGCAUAAAAAGAUGGGAGCCAUUCGUAGCACUGCGGUAUCUGAGUCACAAGGUUGGAAACUCAAAACACACUCUCGUACACAUCGAGCGGAUGAUUUUGAGCUCUCUCAUAAACAAACUUUGCAGAGAAAAACCUGCCCACCAGCUGGUUAGGACUUUAUGCAAAGAGCACCAGAAAACGUGAUGUUGCGGGUUUGGCUUAGCCAUGUGUCUGUGUGCGAGCGUAUGAAUACUACAAGUGCUCACAAAAAUGGCCAUUUCAGCUUUUGUAAGCUAAUUUGAAGACAUUCAUGAAUUUCGAUCAAUGUUUUACAUUAAUAUAGUUUUGUUGCCCUCGUAUGUGUGAGAGGAUGACUGUGUGUGUGUGUGUGUGUGUGUGUGUGUGUGUGUGUGUGUACAGAAAGCAUGGACGUGUGUUUGCGUUCACACAUCUGUGUGUGUUUUACUCUGUUAAGAGACAAGACUGUCACGAGAAAAGAUUAGAGUCAGGCAUCUAUUUUAAAUCCCCAGUUUAAAUCACUUUAGCAUAUUUUCCUGAGCUUCAGGCUUGUGUAUGGUCUUCUAAAUCGUUUUCUUUAACCUCAGCUGGGGUUUUAUUUUGCACCGUUUUCCCUAAUACGCCAAUCAAGAAGUCGAGGGGUUCAAACUGGUUAAACUUCUCCCUUAUUAGUUCCCCUGAUAUACGUAAUGCUCAGAAAUAUAGAUGUUUAAUGAUGCUCAUGUUUUGUGAUAGUUACAGUCAUGUUUUGGGUUUGACAAGACUUAUUUUUCACAGUUCUUGCUUUUGAUUCUAAUAUAUACUUCAAAGAUUUGAUUUUGGUUGUUGGCACUUUAAUCCUCGAUUUUUAGCAGCAUAUCUAAUUUGUUAUCUUUUGCUCUAUUGGGCCAUGAGGUGUCAAACUCUGAUCAACAGCAUCAAGUAUAGGAAUUCCAAAAGAACAAAAAAACUUCCUUUAGAAAGGAAACUCAUUGGUUUGUACUGGACACCAGUGCCAGUGAGAUUAGAUGGGGAGCAAACUGAGGCAUUUGUUUUAAAGAUUUUCUUUUGGGAAUCAGGGGCCUCUUUUAUAAAAUGCUGUGUAGUAAUAACUGUCCUAAAUCUAAUCUUAUAUUUUCUUACGACUUUAAGAUGAUAUCUAUAAAACGCAAAUGAUCUUAAAAUUGUGCGGAGCUGAACAGUUUCACAUCCCUACUAAGUAAAUGAUGCCUGAUUAAUGUCACUGACAUAUAAAAUGUCCAAAUCCUUUACAAAAGGCAAGAAUGCACUGUAAAAAAAUACUUUGCUGCCUUAAAAUUUUUUGUUGAAUCAACUUAGAUUUACAAGUCAUGUCAACAGAGAUGAGUUGUCACAACUUAUAAAAUAUAG